AACUAUAUUGAUGAAAGCAGUGAAAGAAUGGAGCGUCUGCAGAACGUUUGGUUGCAGGCCAAAACGAGAAAGGAUGAGGAAGUGAAUCUGGCAAGGCAAGCGGCUUCAUCUUCGAAAAAUCAGGUGAUGUUACGGGAAGAGAAGCAAAUGAAUAGAAGCAUUUAUACGAAGCAUUUGUUCGAUAUUGUUGGCAAUAUUACAAAACAGCAGGACGAAAUUAACAAGAUUGCAGAAGAAAAUCUUUUGCUUCAAAAGGAAAUCAAAUCAGUAGCUGGCAAACUGCAGCGAUCAUUUACUGUUGUGGAAGGCAGGCUGUACAAUGUAAUUCAUUUCAGUACGCUUUGA